AUGGGCGUGGGCGGCGUUGGCGUGGGCGGCGUUGAUGUGGGCGGCGUUGAUGUGGGCGGCGUUGAUGUGGGCGGCGUUGGCGUGGGCAGUGAUAGAGGUGGUGGUGGUGGAAGGGAAUGGUGUGACCAUGCCGCAAACAGGAGACGUGACGAUAUGGCACGCCCUCAACUAUCACUGACCCACACUACAUUCCACUGGACUGGGACUGGACUCAGGAAAGUGGCUGGCAGUCCAGUGGGAGUCCAGUGGACUGGACUGGACUGGACUCCAGUGGACUGGGCAUUCUGCCAGCCAAUCUGGCCUGGUAAGAGGGCCACUGGAAUCCACUGGAGUCCAGUGGAGUCCAGUGGAGUCCAUAUGGAUUACGUGGGGGAUGGUAAAGACCUCCUGACCUCGGCUCAUCAAGCAUCAAUGUUCGAUUUUCAGCACGUGGGCACUUCAACGAAUGUGCCACCUGUUUCCCCGUCCUCGGCUCAUCAGCCAUCGAUUUUCGAUUUCCAGAAGCCUGGCAGAUCUCCACCAGCCUUGGCUCGUCAGGCAUCGAUUUUUGAUUUUCAGCAAGUGGGCACUUCAACGAAUGUGCCGCCUGUUCCCCCGUCCUCGGCUCGUCAGGCAUCCAUUUUCGAUUUCCAAAAGCCUGACAUCCCUGCACCAGCCUCGGCUCGUCAGGCAUCGAUUUUUGAUUUUCAGCAAGUGGACACUUCAACGAAUGUGCCGCCUGUUCCCCCGUCCUCGGCUCGUCAGCCAUCCAUUUUCGAUUUCCAAAAGCCUAACAACCCUGCACCAGCCUCGGCUAAUAAAGGAUCCCCUUUCGAUUUUCAAGUCCAUCGUUCAUUUACCCCGGCCUCGGCUGUUCAGCCUUCCAUUGAUUUUCAAACACCUGGCACGUCUGCUCCAGCUCCUGCCUCUGACAAACCAGGCAUGUCUUCCCCUGGCGCCUCAAGGUCCAAUAGUACUCUGGGAUCACGGAAGUAUCUGACGAAAUCACAAGAGGCCAAAUUACGACUCCAGGGCCAAGGAGGAGCUGCCAUUCUGCCAACUCAGCCAGGCGAUGCCUUCGUUUUCGGCCUGGCUCCUGUCUUCGUCUACACUCAAGAGAGGACAACACCACGCCCACCACCUUCGACCGAAUUGUUGGACUUGGAUCCAAACUCCCCACGUGCAAGGGGUUUAUGUCGCAAGUACAAUAUCAAGGUUGUGUCUGAUGACAGCAUUGGUGAUCGCACGGGCGUGGUAGCCGAGGUCGUUCAGGCAAUUGGCAAAGUGUGGGAAAGAGCUAUGGACCCUGAGGCUUCAUCCGACCCUUCGAUUAGGAAUUUGCAGGCCGCCUUUGAUAAAUUGUUGACGAGGGGAGAUGAGUUUACUGAGAUGGAUCGUAUGGACCUGGUUCGUCAUAGCGAAAUUCACCAGGAGGCGCUCAGAUCCCUGCCUGACAGCAUAGCGACAACGAGCCAUUAUCGGUAUGUUUUGGCCACCUUGAGGAGGGAGAAAGACCGGUUGCGUGAACAAAUCGAUUCAGACCGUGAUCUGGUUGCAGCAAUGGACGUUGAAGAUACCCGCUGCCAGAUAGUGCUCACAUUUAAUUGGUCGUAA